AUGUCCUUCAGCUCGGACUCGCCAGAUGCGAAGAAACCCUGCAAGGGUAUCCUCAAAUCCUCGAGCAGCUUCGACAAACAUCAAAUAGCGGCGGCAUCGUCGGUGCAUAGGAAAAGCGCCAAGUUUGAUGAGCUGAACGUGCUACAGACGUACCACCCGCCGGAUAAAGAUUACGGUCACAUGAAGGUGGAUGAACCAAAGACUCCGUUCAAUUACGUUGAGUCGGCUGACGUCGAUCAACUGGACGCUGAGCUGCUCGCAGAAAGAUUACGGGUGGCAGCAGACUCACGCAGUGACUCCGUGUCCGAAGAGGAGGAAGAAGAGGAAGAGGAAGAAGAGUUGACCGAGGAACAGCAAAAACGUAAACUAGAAUUUGAGAAGCGCCGCAAAGCACACUACAAUGAGUUUGAAGCGGUCAAGCUGGCACGGAAACUGAUUGAAGAGGAUGAGGACGACGAUGAGGAUGGUAAUAAAGAUAAAGAUGAUGAUGCGGAUGAUUCUGCACUGUCGGAUGGGGAGUCAAACAAAUCUCCGAGCUUGAACAACCCGUCAAAUGCCGAUGCCGGAGGAUCUAGUUCAGCGGUGGGCGCAAAUCCCGGGAAGGAUGAAACACGGAUGGAUAUCGAGGAGCCUGAAGAGCUGAAUCAAACGGACAGCACAUCGUCGUCGAAGGUACCUGCGCCCGAAAGCCAGGCUGCUCGCCUAAAAACAGUGGCGAGUUUAGCAAUUCUUGAGGAAAGUUCCGAUCUCCAAUCCUCUCGUAGUUCCGUGAUCGCAUUGAUCAUGAUAGUUUCCAUUGGUUUGAUGAUAUUUUUCAUCAUUUGCUUUACAUUACUGUUUUAUCUGCUGAAAAGAAAUAACUAA